UAAUAAUAAUAAUAAAAAAAAAAAAAAAAUAAUGCCACCCACCGCUGAUUAUAGACUAUUGAAUUUCAGUACCUACGACGAAUACCUGAACUCAAGUACGAGGAGUGACGCGAAAAAGUAUUUGAGAAACGCUAAACUUAUAAAGCAGGUGAUUAGGCUCGGCUAUCACACAAAUGCCACAAUUUACGAAGAAGACGAAUUUUAUGAGAUGAAAAAAAAACUGCUUGAUCAAAUCAAUCCGGUUUCGCAACACUUCGUUCUGUUUUCCUCCUAUAUGACAAGCAGGGAUCCGGCAAUUUGUGCGCUGGCGGAACGAGAGGCGAGUAAUAUGCAGAAGAAAUUAUCGACAAUAAUAUUUCUACAGCUGCGACAGCGUACCGGCUUUGAUAUAUCGGGCUACAUAGACUAUGAGGACAGCUUGCGGCUAAACAGCCUUCAAAUGAUUGGCUGCACCAACUGGCAGGCCGUGUUCGAGGGCCGCAUUCUGUUGCGACCGAAACACUCCGACUUGAGCUUCUAUGACUGGCACAGCGGCAGCGUCUUCUUCAAUAACACCAGCAACUAUGACGUCAUGCACAUGGGCAUUUCGUUGCUAUUCAAAUACAAGGGCGACCUCAAAUUCAUUCCAGUCACUGUUGGAGACGGCGCCUUCAAGGAAAAUGUGAAGCGCACAGAGAUAUUGUCGCCAUUGUAUGGAAUGGUAGUGCUGUACGAUCAUAUCGUUAGAAAGGCAACUUGAAUAACCAGCAAGCUGUUUGAUAUA